UGGGUGUGGCCUCUGUCUUCAGGGCUGGAAGGGCAAGUUGGAGCCAAGUGAAGAGAACACAUGAACCAGAGCAAGGACCGAAAUCUUUCUUUUUUGCUUUUGCACCGAGGAGAGUAACAACACACGACAGGCAACAUGAGCAGGUGUUUGAUUACCCAGCAGGAGGUGACGAGCUUCAUCGAGAGGUGCAUGACGGCGGUGGGCACCAAGCAGCAUCAUGCCCGCAGCCUGGCACAGGUUCUGGUGGAGGGUGACCACAGGGGACACUACAGUCACGGACUGAACAGGAUGGACAUGUACGUAAAAGACGUUCAGACGGGAAUCUGCGCCAAGGACGGAGAGCCAGUCAUAGAUAAAGAGAGUCCCGCUACUGCGCUUGUGGACGGGAGGAACCUCCUGGGCCCCGUGGUUGGGAACUUCUGCAUGGAUUUGGCUAUCAAGAAAGCCAAAGAAGUUGGUAUCGGUUGGGUGGUCGCGCAUGGCUCCAACCACUAUGGCAUCGCCGGCCACUACGCCAUGCGAGCUCUGAAGGACAACAUGAUCGGAAUGUCCUUCACCAAUACGUCACCUCUGGUGGUCCCCACACGUGGCAGAGAGUGCACCUUAGGCACCAACCCCAUCAGUGUGGCAGCUCCAUCCAAAAACGGGGACAGCUUCGUCCUGGACAUGGCCACAUCUGCGGUCGCGCUUGGAAAAGUGGAGCUGCAUGAUCGCCGCGGUGACACUAUCCCUGAGGGAUGGGGGUGCAACGCCCAGGGCAAGAUCACUCCUGACCCCAAGCAAGUUCUGAACGGAGGAGGAUUGGUUCCCAUUGGCGGCAGCGAGGCCACAGGAGGGUACAAAGGUUAUGGACUGGGAAUGAUGGUGGAGGUUUUCUGCGGUAUACUGGCCGGCGCCAAGUACAGCAAACACAUCCGCACAUGGAAAGUAACAGACAGGGUUGCAGACCUGGGUCAGUGUUUCGUGGCAAUCAACCCGGAGAACUUUGCUACUGGGUUCACCGACCGCAUGGCGGACCUCUUGGCCAUCCAUAGGGGACUAGACGCUGCUGACGCUGACUCCCCUGUUCUGACCGCCGGAGAUCCCGAGAGGGCCAACAUUGCCAAGUGUGACAAGAUGGGCGGUAUACCUUACCACAUUAACGUCGUCAACUACAUGAAUGACUGUGCCAAGAGAGUGGGCGUUUGUCCUCUGCUGCCCGUCGACAAAAUCAUUCCAGAAUAGAAGUGACAAGUUGGUGCUCAACCUCUGAGUGUCCUCCAUGGCAGCAGUUUAGUUGUCAUUUCAAUAGCGCGACCAAAUGAAACCAGUUCUUUCUGAAGUGCCUGCAGACAAAAUAUGAGAAACUGUUUUAUAAGUGACUGUGUGAAAUUAGGUUUUAGUCAGAAUUAGUGUGGCCUACACACUAAUUGAACAUGUUGGCUGUUACUUAAACCACAAAUUCGGUACCUUUCUUUGAAUCCUUCGCAUAUCUUUACCUGAUUAGUGAGCAAAUGAAGACUGAAGAUUGACGAUAGCGUCAAUCAAUUGACAACUCAGAAACGAGUGCAUGUACUGUGAAAGUGCCAAUGGGAUAUUCUUUAGACAAUCAUUUUUAACUGAGCGAAGAAAUGGCUUGAAAGUUGUUUUUGAAUCUAUAUAUAGGCCUAUUUAGGCUAUAAGGUAUACCUCUCCCUGCUCAUUAGGUGCCUUAUUAUUCCAAAUAAAAGCCUUAUUGCACAUA